AUGGCUGACAUGAUUGUGAGUUGUUAUCUUCACCAUUUUUCUAGUCAUUCAAUGUUUUCAGAGCUACAUCACUCGUUUCAAAGUGCGAUUCGAGACUGAAAUUUCGAAACUCGAGACUCAUCCGCUUCCGCAAGCAGCCCUUCACAACCUUCAAAUCACUAGAGCCCGCCGCGUUGUCGACGCCGUGAACGUCAUUCUGAAAAUGGGUCCGCGUGCAAUCGCCAUUGUAAGUUCUAGAAAAGAAAUCGCCGUCUUCUUCUUAGAGCGUUGUUUUUGUCUUCUUCACCCGCUCUCCGUAGGUCGAGACAACCCUCUCACCCACUCUCCCUGCGCAUUCUCAAAAACCGCUGUAUGCGCUCCACGUCAUAGUCUCGCGGGCCUUGCCCAGAGUAGUGUCUGAAGGAAAUAGAGAAGAGGGUACGGACUAGACGAUCAGUCUGGGCAAGAAUUCCAAGUAAAUUCUAGAGAGAGAGUAUGAUUUUCAGGAUCACCGAAAGUUCGAGGAUACUCGGGCGAUCAUCUUCAACAACACUGCGGCUUUUAGUUGCACCCAGCGUCUUAUCCGAGACGGCGCCAUUAAUCCGCCACGGAUGGUCCCACAGCACCUGCUCCCACCGAUGCGACGCCGUUGA